UUGACUCAUUUCACUUUCGGCCCAAAUUGGAUAAAUUACAAAAUUAAAAAUUCCUGCAUAGAAUGAAUAGAAAAAUUCCAUAUUUUAGUCAGAACUCAAAUCAGCCGCUAGGUGCAGAUUUUCACUUGGAUGAGCAGAUGUUCCUUAAAUGGCAGAACAACGGGAAAUCUAAAACGAAUCUGAGUUCCGACCGAACGUACAAUCGGUACGUUAAAACCCUGCUUCGAGUGCAAAAUUCCAUUCACAGAAGAUUCCCUCCGAGAAGAACUAAAAGUUCUCAUGACCAUCGGAGCCGCACUUCAGGUGGAGAAUGCUCCAAGGGCUGCGGGGAGUCGGAACCAAAAAGAGUGGCUGUUGUCAGGCCGAAGCAAAAGAAUCGCCCUGUGAAACCGCUAAAUCUGAUUGCUGCUCGAAAGAUAAAUCUGCGGAAUCUUGCGGCCAUGGCAAAAAUAAAUGUUCGAAAAAAACAAAGCCGGAACCGACAAAGUCCACAUGCUGUGAUGCAACUGACCCAAAUCUCAGGAAAUGUGUGA